UUGCUCCUCGCAGGCACAGGCACGUUUGGUCGGGUGCACCUGGUCCGUGAGAAGGCGGCCAAGCAUUUCUAUGCCCUCAAGGUGAUGAGCAUUCCAGACGUCAUCCGCCUGAAACAGGAGCAGCACGUUCACAACGAGAAGGCGGUCCUGGAGGAAGUCAGCCACCCGUUCCUCGUCCGGCUGUUCUGGACGUCCCACGAUGACCGUUUCCUGUACAUGCUGCUGGAGUUCGUUCCGGGCGGCGAGCUCUUCAGCUACCUGCGGAACCGGGGCCGCUUCAGCAGCGGCGCGGGGCUCUUCUACUCGGCAGAGAUCGUCUGCGCCAUCGAGUACCUGCACUCCAAGGAGAUCGUGUACCGCGACCUGAAGCCCGAGAACAUCCUGCUGGACAGGGACGGCCACGUGAAGCUCACAGACUUCGGCUUCGCCAAGAAGCUGGUGGACAGAGACCUCAUUAGGAAGUUGCUCGUGGUGGACAGAACAAGACGGCUUGGGAACAUGAAGAAUGGAGCAAAUGAUGUGAAACGGCAUCGUUGGUUCCGAUCUGUGGACUGGGAAGGCGUCCCACAGAGAAGGAUGAAGCCACCCAUUGUGCCCAAAGUGUCCUGUGAUGGGGACACGUCCAACUUUGAGGCGUACCCCGACCAUGACUGGAGCAAGGGCCCCCCCGUGUCGCCACAGGACUUGGAGAUCUUCAAGAACUUCUGA